UGGGCGAAAUUUGGGACGGGCUUAGGGUGGAGACAGGACUGAGAACACAAGUUUCCUUGUGCUGCUGGAGGGGGUGGGGGCAGAAGGAAACUGGAGUCCCUAUUCUCUCCUUGGUCACUUUCUUGCUCAUAGUCCACGAUGACUUGGUCCCCGGUGUUCCUUGGUGUGGUCGUCUUGCUGUCUGCCUUCCCAGGGCCUUGUGACGGGGGCCACCCCAUGCCCAAGCUGGCUGACCGGAAGCUGUGUGCUGAUGAGGAAUGCAGCCACCCCAUCUCGAUGGCUGUGGCCCUUCAGGACUAUGUGGCCCCUGACUGCCGUUUCCUGACCAUACAGAGGGGCCAAGUUGUGUAUGUCUUCUCCAAGCUGAAGGGCCGCGGGCGGCUCUUCUGGGGAGGCAGCGUUCAGGGAGAUUACUAUGGAGAUGUGGCUGCUCGCCUGGGCUAUUUCCCCAGUAGCAUUGUCCGAGAGGACCAGACCCUGAAACCUGGCAAGGUCGAUUUGAAGACAGAUAAAUGGGAUUUCUACUGCCAGUGAGCUAAGCCUACCGCUGUCCCUGCCGUUUUCCCUCCCUGGCUUUAUGCAAAUACAUCAACCGAGUGCAAA